AUGCAGAUAGAACAUCCAGAGGAACAAGGUUCUUCUUUAGGGAUUAGUAAAGUACUUAAAGAAGAAGCACGUUUGUUAGAAGAAGGAAGAAAGAGAGAUUCCUUAACAGACGCAACUUUUAAGAAAGUACCCAGCAAAGGAGCAAGUUUCUGGACUUGGACAAGGUUUAUUAUUUCACUCUAUUACAAUAAAUUGGCAGUGAAUAUGUUUGGUUUUUUGACAGGAUGGAAAUGGUAUAAUAGGAUUGAUAACGUGAUCAUCUUGGGCGCCUUGCCUACGCCAUCACUCAUAAAGAGUCUACAUAAACAUGAAAAUGUCAAGGCAGUUAUCAAUUUGUGUGAAGAGUUUCCUGGAUAUGAUCGAAUCUAUGAACAGUGUAUGAUCAAGCAAGUACGAUUGGAGACCCCUGAUUUCUGUAUUCCUUCUUUAGAGACGAUUGAAAAGGGUAUUCAACAGAUACAUGACGUUAUACGAAAUGACGAACAGUCAUCUAUUUAUCUACAUUGUAAAGCUGGAAGAGGAAGAAGUGCAGCCAUUGCCUUGUGUUAUUUAUUAGCUACUUAUCAAUUAGAUCCCUUUGAAGCACAAAAAGUAUUGAAUAAAAAGAGACCUCAGGUGGACAAGGAUUUAUACGUGAGUGAAGAGAUUAGAUUAUUUUAUAAAAACUUGCUAUCAAAGCUUGAAUCCAAUCAGUUCAUUCGUAAACCAUUCCCUCUCUGA